GUUACAGUUCUGGAAGUCAGCAGUCCAGAAUGGGUCUUAAGGAGCUAAAAUCAAAGUGUCAGCAGGACUGCACUCUAGGGUUCUGGGAGAGAAUCCGGCCUUUGCCUUCUCCAGCUUCUAGAGGUUUCCCACAUUCCUUGCCUCUAGAUCUCAUCAUCCCAACCUUUGCUUUGUCACUUCUUCCCAGAUUUGACUCUCCCUCUCCCGCUUCUCUCUUUUUCUUGUUAAGACUCUCAGGAUGACUCUGGGCCAGCCUGGAUAAUCUAGGAUAAUCUCCCCCUUUGAAAAAUCUUUAAUUGAAUCCCAUCUGCAAAAUCCCUUUUGCCAUGUAAGGAACCAUAUUCGCAGGCUCCAGGGAUUAGGGUAUGGGCUUCUUGGGGGGCCAUCAUUCUGUCUACCAUCUGAGCAAGUAAAAGCAGAAGAUAGAAGGGACUCGGGACAGUGCCAGAGACACCUUGUAAAAACGUAAGUUGGAGCCCAUCAAUCACUUUCCUGCUCACAGUCCUCUUGUGCUACUUGCCGCUCUCCAGAGGUAGGACCCAAGUCCUCCUGGUGGCCUGUGAGGUCUUCUCGGACCCCCUCCCACCUCACCUCCUCCUGCCCCCCCCUUUGCAGAGUCAGCCCAGCUACAACUGGCCGCUUGCUGCUGCUCCUCCUACGUGGUUCCGUCUUUUCCGGCCUCUGAGCUUGCUCGUCCCUCCUCGUCCCGUCUGUCCUUGGUUUCUCAUCUCACGUCCCAGCUCAAACUCAUCUGCUGGGUCAGGCCCACCUCUUCACCUCAGCCAGAAUAUCCUCUGUCCCAGCCCCCACAUGGCCGCUGGUCACCCGCCACCUAUUGUCCUGUCUUCAUUGCAGGCAGCAGUAUCUGAAAUGGCUUGCUUUAUUCAUUCAUAUCAUGCCCGUCUCUCCAGACGAGAAUUUACCCUUCCAGAGACAAAUAACGGGGUUGCCCUGGCCCACUGUUCGGCCCCCCAGCACUGAGCACCCUGUCCAGGUGCUCUGUGGGUGCCCAGCAUGGGUCACUGUGUGCCCGCCAAGACUGGCCAGAGCUGAGCAGGCAGGGUGGAGGGGGCAGGGCAGUCCUGUCCGCCUGGACAGCCCGGAGAAGGCGGGAAAACGAGGCGGGAAAACACAGAGAACAAGCCCUGCGGGUGGAUGGGGUGGGGGGCUCUGGCGGGCCCUGACGCUAGGAAGAGGGACUGGGGUGAUCAGGCCAGCCAUCUGGGUGCAGGCGGUCUCAUGUGGGACACCCCCCCCCCGCCCCACUUUCUCUUGCAGUGUUUAGACACUGAUUACGGCCUUCUUGGCCCUACUUGUCAAUAUGUGGCGGGGGAGCAGGGCUGCGGGAAUGGUCUUAUGAGGUCAAGGGGUCCCUAUCCCAGCGGUCCAUGCCCAGGGCUCCUGGGGGGGGGGGACAGGCACAGUGGGGGUCCUAGGUCCCGCCACCGGCCCCGUUGCACACUGGGCGCGCCCAGCAGAGCGCGCAGGCUGGGCGGGGCCGCGGCCUGCUGGGCGGAGUUGGGGGGGUGGACAGAGGCGGGGGCGCCCCCCACCCCCUUUCUCGCUUCCCGCCACUGCGGCGGCCAAUCAUCUGGCAGGCGCCCGCCCCCGGCGCGGCCUCCCGCGGCCCCGCAACUCCCAAACGCCGAGUUUUCGCGGGAAAAAAAUCAGAGCAGCUGGCAGCGCGGCGGGCAGAGGUGGCCGUCCAGGCGCCUCGGGUCUCACGCACAUCUCCGCGGGGUCCGGGCCACGCACGCGGCUCCAUCGCCAUCUCCAGCCCGGCCAGGCGCGCAAGCAGGCGAGAGUGGAUCGGGGCAGCUGGAGAGCACCAGCAGACACCAUGUGGGUCCAGGUUCGCACCAUGGACGGGAAGGUGGCCCACACCGUGGACUCGUUGUCCAGACUGACCAAGGUGGAAGAGCUGAGAAAGAAGAUCCAGGAGGUGUUCCACGUGGAGCCAGGCCUGCAGAGGCUUUUCUACAGGGGCAAGCAGAUGGAGGACGGCCACACUCUCUUUGACUAUGACGUGCGCCUGAAUGACACCAUCCAGCUCCUGGUUCGGCAAAACCUGGUGCUGCCGCCCAGCAGCAGCAAGGAGAAGGACUCGGAGCUGUCGGAUACAGACUCCGGCUGCUGCCUGGGCCAGAGCGAAUCUGACAAGUCCUCGAACAGUGGUGAGGCGGCCGUAGAGACCGACGGGAAGGCGGGCUUAGCGGAUGAAGAUGUGUGGGAUGAGACAGAGCUGGGCCUGUACAAGGUCAAUGAGUAUGUGGACGCUCGGGACACAAACAUGGGGGCGUGGUUUGAGGCUCGGGUGGUCCGGGUGACCAGGAAGGUGCCAUCCCAGGACGAGCCCUGCAGCUCCACCUCCAGUGCAGUGCCCGAAGAAGACGUCAUUUACCACGUGAAAUAUGAUGACUACCCGGAGAACGGAGUGGUCCAGAUGAGCUCCCGGGACGUCCGGGCUCGUGCCCAAACCGUCCUCAAGUGGCAUGAGCUAGAGGUAGGCCAGGCGGUCAUGCUCAACUACAAUCCUGACAACCCCAAGGAGCGCGGCUUCUGGUACGACGCGGAGAUCCUGCGGAAGCGCGAGACCCGGACGGCGCGGGAGCUGUAUGCGAACGUCAGACUCGGGGAUGAUUCUCUCGAUGACUGUCGGAUCAUCUUCGUGGAUGAAGUAUUCAAGAUCGACCGCCCGGGUGAGGGGGACCCUGUGGUUGAAAACCCAGUGCGAAGGAAGAGCGGGCCCUCCUGCAAGCACUGCAAGGAUGACGAGAGCAGGACUUGCCGGGUGUGCGCCUGCCACCUGUGCGGGGGCAAGCAGGACCCUGACAAGCAGCUCAUGUGUGACGAGUGUGACAUGGCCUUCCACAUAUACUGCCUGCACCCGCCCCUCAGCAGCAUCCCCGCCGACAAUGAGUGGUACUGCCCCGAGUGUCGGAAUGACGCCAGCGAGGUGGUGCUGGCAGGGGAGAAGCUGAAGGAGAGCAAGAAGAAGGCAAAGAUGGCAUCGGCCACGUCGUCCUCGCAGCGGGACUGGGGCAAGGGCAUGGCGUGCGUGGGGCGCACCAAGGAGUGCACCAUCGUCCCGUCCAACCACUAUGGACCCAUUCCAGGCAUCCCCGUGGGCACCAUGUGGAGGUUCAGAGUCCAGGUCAGCGAGGCAGGCGUCCAUCGACCUCACGUGGCGGGCAUCCAUGGCCGGAGCAGCGAUGGGGCUUACUCCCUGGUCCUCGCUGGGGGGUACGAGGAUGAUGUGGACCACGGGAAUUCUUUCACAUACACAGGUAGUGGUGGUCGAGAUCUUUCCGGCAACAAGCGGACUGCAGAACAGUCUUGUGAUCAGAAACUCACCAACACCAACAGGGCCCUGGCUCUGAACUGCAGUGCACCCAUCAACGACCGCAAAGGGGCAGAGGCCAAGGACUGGCGGUCAGGGAAGCCUGUCCGGGUGGUGCGCAACGUCAAGGGCCGCAAGCACAGCAAAUACGCCCCCGUGGAGGGCAACCGGUAUGACGGCAUCUACAAGGUCGUCAGGUACUGGCCCGAGAAGGGCAAGUCUGGCUUCCUUGUGUGGCGCUAUCUACUCCGGAGGGACGACACUGAGCCUGGCCCCUGGACAAAGGAGGGGAAAGACCGGAUCAGAAAGCUGGGGCUGACCAUGCAGUAUCCGGAAGGCUAUCUGGAGGCCCUGGCCAGGAAGGAGAAGGAGCACAGCAAGAGGGAGGCCGAGGAGGAGGAGGAGGAGGAGGACUUCACGUCCCCCGGGAAGGGGAAGGGCAAGCGGAGGAGCCCGUCCGCAGAAGGCGGCAAGUCCAGCCCCGGGUCCCCCCAGGGGACGCCCAAGAAAUCCAAGGUGGAGCCCUACAGCCUCUCGGCCCAGCAAAGCAGCCUCAUCAAGGAGGACAGGAGCAACGCUAAGCUGUGGAGCGAGAUCCUGAAGUCCCUCAAGGAUGGGCCGUUCCAGAAGUUCCUGAGUAAAGUGGAGGAAACCUUCCAGUGCAUCUGCUGCCAGGAGCUGGUAUUCCGCCCGAUCACAACUGUGUGCCAACACAAUGUGUGCAAGGAUUGCCUGGACCGGUCGUUCAGGGCGCAGGUGUUCAGCUGCCCGGCCUGCCGCUAUGACUUGGGCCGGAGCUACUCCAGGCAGGUGAACCAGCCCCUGCAGGCCGUCCUCAACGAGCUCUUCCCCGGCUACGGCAGCGGACGAUGAUCUCCAAGCACUUCUUUUUGGCUAUUUUUAAAAAAUGUAUCAGAGGGGUCUUUGGCCCCUACUUUGUUUUUAGUGGGCUUAAAUUAAACAUGUAGUUUUUCCUCCAUUCCCUAAAAAGCCUCGUCUUCCUGGUUUUUGUUUUUGUUUUUUUAAUCUGUCAAUUUUCAGGAAUUUGUGUUAUGGCUCAAAGAAAGAAAGAAAGUUGGACUUCUCAGCAUUUUAUUUGGUUUUUAAAAAAAACACAAAGCCUGCGAUUUAUCAGCAGAAAACACACACACGUUUUUUUUCCGAAGAUGGAAUGGGAAACGACUAGGCGCGAAGGCUGCUCAUGUCCCCAGCUUCGAAGCCACCAGCCAGCAAUGAGGCGUCUGGCUGCCGAGAACAAUCUUUCCAAGGUUUGCAGUGAAAGCGAGCACAUCUUCAGGACAGCAUUGUAUCACCUAAAACCCAGCAAGGCGGUGUCCGGCGGUGGCCCUGGACGUGGAGGGUCCCUGCUGUCACCCACCAGGAACCUGUUGAAAGGAAGAGGAAAAAUCCCAUUUGGCCCCUUAUGAGCCCUUGCCUCAAAGCCACCCACCACCAGUCUGCUUUCGGGUUCAAGAGCUGCACGCAGGGUCCUCUGCCCAUGUGAACAGGGAGCAGAGGCCACAGAAACUACCUCCACUGGGCUCUCGUGGGGGCUGGGUGUGCGGUGCCAACGUGGAACCACACCACGGAAGCAGACAAAGCCAUGUUCAAGUGCCUUUGUUUCUUUCUAAACAUGGGGCUCUUUUUUAGCACUGAAUUGUUGAAAAUGCCAACCAGAUUCUAAAACUGUGGUUAACCAGUUCUUCCCAAUUCUAGGUGAGUGUUUGGGGAUAGUUUUGAGUUUCGUUGGUCCUCGACAGUGCAUUUUCAACUCACCCAUUGAGACUUAUAAGAGGGAAUUUUUUUUUUUUAAUAAACACUUUCUAAAUGAAAAGUUUUUUUGUAGUUACUGUAUAUGUACUAAGAAAGCUAUGACUUAGGGUUUGUUUUGUUUUGUUUUGUUGGUUUUGUAUUUUUUUGAAAUGAUUUGUUAAUUUUUCUAACUACCAAAGUUUGCAGCUUAUACCUCAACAGAACAGGAUAUUUUAAAUUACAACUGCAGACAAACUGGAGCAAUAUUCUUUUAAAGGUUUUUCUUCUUCCCUCCUUGCCUAGGUUAUUAAUGUAUUAGGGAGAAACAACAAAAUCCUGUGUAGGUGUUUUCUAAAAAGCUCAAUAUUCUUUGUCCAGAUUUUAGAUGCUCAGAAUAAAUGUCUUUUAGAGAU